AUGUACUUGUUCAAGACGCUUGCCAUCACAGCUACCCUGGUGCCAGCAAUUUCGGCCCAGAUCUUCGGUACCUUCCCCACGUCAACCGACGCCGACGAGUACCUCUCACGCCUCCGCCUGUCAACUACCGUCAGCGGAUCUCAGGCCACAAGUCUGGCCAGCGCUCUAUUCAGCGUCGAGUCCAAAUUCUACAACGACGAAAAGGUCACCACCGUGUUCUCGAACAUGUUUUCUGCGGCGGCACAGGCCACCAACUCGCCCGAAGUCGUCGCCUCCUUGGCCGUGAGCCGUUUGACUUGGGGCGUUGUGGUUGACGAGAAGUGGUGGGACGACAAGAUGCCGGAGAACGAUGACAAGUUCGUCUCGGAGUAUCUCUCGGACUAUAGCGAGGCGUACGCCGGUGUCAUGGCUACCGCGACCGAGACCGGGUCCAAGGGCGCCGCGCCUCGGUGUACCGGAAUGGCCAUGGCUGGAGUCGCGGCAGGUGUCGCGGCUGGCGUGAUGGUUGCCCUGUAG